AUGUACUUUGAGUCUCUGCCCUUCCUUCCUCUGCUCCUGCAGGCUGGACCCCAGAUGUGUGUGGAGGUGGCUGUCCGUUAUAGCGCCCUCCUCUUCUGGGUUGCUGGCCUGGUGUCUACAGCUGAACACACCUGGUCCUGCCCCCAGCGCUGUAUAUGUGACUCAGAAAUGCUUUUGGUCAACUGCACUGGCCGUCUCCUGACCUCCGUUCCUGAUGCUAUCCCCAGAAAUGCUCAGCAUCUAAGCCUGGUGCGCAAUCGACUGAAGAGCCUAGCUCGUCGACAGUUCUCUGGAUUGGGACAGCUGCGAGAGCUCGAUCUUAGCGACAAUGUCCUCACUAUGAUUGAGGCUGAAGCUUUCCUUGGUUUGCAAAAGCUUCUAACAUUGCGGAUUUGCAGGAAUCGUUUGAAGAUCAUUCCAGUUGGGGUGUUUGCUGGACUACCCAGUCUCCGGCUGCUGGACAUAAGUGAAAAUGAGAUCCUGGUCUUCCUGGACUACAGCUUCCGUGAGAUGGUGUCUCUACAGCAGCUGGAGGCCAGUGAGAAUGACUUGGUGUUCAUCUCUAACAGGGCUUUCACGGGGCUGCUGAACCUGCAACAACUGCAUCUUGAUAGGUGUAAUUUGACCUCAGUGCCAUCUGAGGCCCUGUCCCAGCUCACUGGGCUGGUGCAGUUGCGGCUGUGUCGACUAAGUAUCACAGCACUGCCUAAUAACUCAUUCCAGAGACUGAGCCGCUUGAGGGAGCUUACGGUGUCUCACUGUCCCUGGCUGGGAACACUGGCAACCAACAGCCUAAUCGGGCUUAACCUCACCUCUCUCUCGCUAACCCACUGCAACCUGAGCACCAUUCCCUACACGCCAUUGCAUCACCUGGUCUACCUGCAAUACCUAGACCUCUCCUACAACCCCAUCACCUCCAUCAAGGGGCACCUUCUGGGGGAUCUGCUCAGACUGCAGGAGUUUCACCUGAUGGGAGCAGGACUGUUGCAGGUGGACUCUGGGGCAUUCCAAGGCCUGGCUUACUUUCGUCUGCUCAAUAUCUCAUCUAACAGACUAGUCACCCUGGAGGAGCCUGUCUUCCACUCACUGGGAUCCCUCCAGGUCCUGCGAUUAGAUGGGAACCCUCUGUCCUGUGACUGUAGAUUGUUGUGGGUGCUGCGCAGACAGCUGCAUCUAGACUUUGAUGGACGACCCCCUGUAUGUGCUGCCCCCGAGCAGGUGCAGGGUAGAACAUUCUGGGACUUCACAGAAUCUGAAUUGCCAGGGCUCUUCACCUGUCGACAAGCCCGAAUAUUGACUCGUAAACCUCAGGAUGUUCGAGUGGAUGAGGGUCACACAGUUCUGUUUUCCUGUCGGGCAGAUGGUGAUCCAGUUCCCUCCAUCACAUGGUUGAAUCCACAGCGCUCCAUUCUGUCUCCCACAGGCCGAAUUCGUGUGCUAUCCAAUGGAUCACUAGAAGUCCGUUAUGCCCAGGUCCAGGACAGCGGUUACUACCUGUGCUUAGCUUCCAAUGCAGCAGGAAAUGACAGUGUUUCGGUGAGCCUUCGUGUGCGGGGAUUCCCCUAUUCAUCACGCAACCGCACUUAUCCUUUCUUCUUGGAAGGUUGGAGCCUUCCCUCUGCUCAACCACCAAUCAACAGCUCAUCUCAGGGCACACAGCCAUUCCCAUUUGAAAUCAAAACUCUGGUGAUUGCUGUGACAAUGGGUUUUCUGUCAUUUCUGAGCUCAGUGGCCAUCUGCUUUGUGUUUAUGUUCCUCUGGAGUCAAAGUAAAGGGCAGAUAAAACACACGGCCACCAUUGACUUUGUGCCACGUAGUUCUGUGGGUGCAAGUGGUGGAGGGGGCACCAACACUGAAAUGGGUAGAUUCACCAUGAAACUCAUAUGA